UAAGUCCAAACCAAACCAAAAAUAUAGGACACUGUCUUCUACAUUAAAUUCAUCUCCUACUCCUCCUGAUUUUUUCAACGCAGAAGCUUAUCUUUUAUAAACAUUCACGCCCCCUAGACCCUAGUCUUGAAGCUUUCAUUUCACUCUCUCACUUUUCAAUGACUCUGGCUCGGGGCUUCGCCGUUGUGAUCCUCUUGUUUGCUCUUUAUUGUGGGUUUGACCCUUUUGGGCACAGCCCCAUAGCAAGCUUCCCUGAUUUUGAGGCCAAAAAGGUUGACAUGCCCGCUUGGUCUGAGGUUCCUACAGACCAAGACAAACAUAACUUGUUGCAAAAAUCCGAGGUUAAGUUUCUGAACCAAGUUCAAGGACCAGAAAGCAUUGUCUUUGACCCUCUUGGUCGUGGCCCUUAUACAGGUCUCGCUGAUGGAAGAAUUUUGUUCUGGAAUGGUCACUCUUGGGUUGACUUUGCUUAUACCUCCCCCAAUAGGUCAGAACUAUGUAAUCCUAUAGCAUCUGCGACACCAUUUAGUUAUGUGAAGACUGAGCAUAUCUGUGGAAGACCUUUGGGACUCAGAUUUGACAAGAAAACAGGUGAUUUGUACAUUGCAGAUGCAUAUUUUGGUCUGAUGACGGUGGGGCCCGAGGGUGGUUUAGCUACUUCUCUUGUAACUGAGGCUGAAGGUGUGCCACUAAGAUUUACUAAUGAUGUUGACAUUGAUACAGAAGGGAAUGUUUAUUUUACUGAGAGCAGCGCUAAAUAUCCGAGGAGGAAUUUCAUCCAGCUGGUGUUUUCUGCGGACGAUACUGGCAGGGUUUUGAAAUACAACACUGUCACUAAGGAAACCACUGUUCUUAUGAGGAACAUUCAAUUCCCAAAUGGAAUUUCCUUAAGCAAGGAUGGUUCCUUCUUUGUCUUCUGUGAAGGGAUUAUUGGCAGGUUACGUAAGUACUGGCUGAAAGGAGAGAAAGCUGGGACUUCAGAGAUCAUGGCCAUACUACCUGGAUAUCCUGACAAUGUGAGAGUCAAUGAAAAUGGUGAUUUUUGGGUGGCUCUUCAUUGUAGAAGGAAUAUGUACACAUACAUUAAUGGUCUCUACCCAAACAUUAGGAUAGUCAUACUCAAGCUUCCUAUACCAACAAAGAUUCAGUACCUGUUUCAAAUUGGAGGUAGGUUGAAUGCAGUAAUUGUGAAGUAUAGCCCUGAAGGUAAACUCCUUCAGAUAUUGGAGGACAGUGAAGGAAAAGUUGUUAAAGCAGUGAGUGAAGUGGAGGAGAAGGAUGGUAAACUUUGGAUGGGAAGUGUUCUCAUGCCAUUUAUUGCAGUUUACAACUUGACAUGAAGCAGAUCAAAUUCUCAUCCCCCACCCACACACCAAGGUCUUUAUUUUUUUUACCUUGAAUUCUCAGUUUAACAAGUUGGUUUUUGCCUCAACUUUGUCAAUAAUGGACCUCAAAUUCCCUAUUGAAAU